AUGCCUCCAUUUCCCCUCCUCCGUCUUCCUCGAUUGGUCCUUUUCAAAGUAUUCAAAUCGUUGAAUAUCGAAGAAAAAAUCAAGCUCUCCCUCUGCUCCAAGAAAACCGUCACUCAAAUCAAUAUUGCUCGUUUGUACUCUCAAAAAGUUAUAGUCAUUCUGGACAUCUUAAGCCAAAAGAUUGAAGUUCACUCCACAAAUAGCAAAGAAAGAAUUCAUAUCUUCAAUAGCUCCGACACCAGAACAAACAUCCAUCGGAAUGUUCGACAGUAUCAAAUUGGAGGGCGUACUGUACCUGUGGUCUUCAGUUUCAAAAGUAUCCAAAUUUUCUGGAAGAAUAAUCGAGAAGAAUUUCUAAAUGUUACUCAACAUCUAUUGAAGAUAUUUCAAUGCAAGAUUUCAACUGAGAGUAAUUGUUAUUAUAGUGAUUUAUAUCGACCAAUAAUUUUUGAGUUGUUUGAUCAACAACUGGAAUUUGAAACGAUCACUAUUCCCCUUAAUGGAUCAGAAGAUGAAACCUUGUGGAAUCAGCUAUCCAGUAAUUUAGGACUGGUUGAGAAUCUUAAAAUCGUAUCAGUUGAUAAUCCUGGUUUCAGACCAGUUUUCCCUUCAUGGCCACAAAAUAUUAUUAUCUUUGGCUCCGCUUGGUUCACUCUGGAGUAUCUUUUGGCGUGCACUUGCACUAUCAUUAUUCUCGGGGCGUCGCAUUUUGGAAACAAGGAUUUGGAGGAGACACUCAAAAAAUGGAAAACUGGAGGAUUUCCGAAUCUAGAAUAUCUAAGCGUCUAUAGUCGAGGUAUCACAAAUAAUGGAACGACUAUUUUGGGAAUGAAUCCAUCGGAACUGCAGGGAAUGGUUAUCCGAACUGAUGAUGGAUCAAAGAAGGCAACUAUUAACACUGAUUACGAAUCUCAACGGCUUUGGCUCUCUGUAGUCCACAUUGGAUACCUUCAAAUUAGGUCUAGAUCAUUGUUCCUUGUUGUCCUGGAACCUCGUUUGAUGGCUUCUAGAUCUCCGUUCUAUUCGUUUGGUUCUGGUGGUCCUCCGGCUCCGACUCCUCUAGACUCUAUCUAG